GUCGGUGUGCGAAGCAACCAUUAAAAAUGACCGAAAAAAAAUCUUUAAUACGUGAAAAUUUCUACAAAACCGAAAUGAUGCUGAGGAACCAAGGCAUCUAUCCCGUCGAAGGGUAUCCAAUAGCCUCGCUGUUCUACGCGUACCUGCUGUACUUCGGCUUCACCGCUUUGAUACCGCUAUUGGGAUUCUGCAACAUCAUCUUCGCCGAAUCGAGCGAAAGAAUGGGCAUGCUGAGCAACAGUUUUAUCUUCUUUGAAAUGGGAGUGUCCAUGUUCAAGCACUGGCCGUUCAUCAGGCAUCCGGAUAUCACCAAGAAAAUGAUGGACAAAUGGACGACGGAGAUGUUCACUUCUGACGAGCCGAUGGAAAUGCCCAUUAUCAAAAAAUCGCUGAAGGCAAUCGACUUUGUUUUCUACCUGUUUCUGGCGUUCAGCAUCGGAGGUCCCGUCGGAUUGACGCUCAACGUGCUCUUUUCUUCGCACGAUGAGUUGAAAUUGGACAUUUAUACGUUCGGAGUCGAUGUUAUUCAUAACAAGUUCCUGUAUGUGCUCACCAAUGUCUACUUAAUCAUAGGUUAUGUACACGGAACUCUCGGUCAUUUCGCCGUAGAUAUUUUCAUAGCAGGUCUGAUGUCUCAUUGCUCCUUGCAGCUAUCGCUUAUUAAAUUCAGGCUGGAGAAUAUGGAUAAAUAUUUGGACAAGGACUUGAGGAGCGUUCAGGACGAUAAUACUUUUACUGAAGAAGUUAAUGAUGAGAUAUAUCGAAGAAUUUCUCAUUGCGUCGAUCAUUACGAUACUGUAAUGAAUUAUGUUAAGGAAAUAGAAGACAUGUACUCGGUGGCAGCAUUCUCGCAAUUUUUAGCUGGAUCAUUGGUAUAUGCUAUUUGUCUACUUUAUUUCAUGCAAUUAAAAGCUUUAGACUUCAAUUUCGUGUACAUAUUAACAUUCUUUUUUCCGAUGAUCAUGGUAGUUUUCACUUAUUGCUAUUAUGGAGACCGUAUUUCAGAAGAAAGCUCGAGUAUCGGAGGGGCCAUAUUUAGCAGCCCUUUUUACAAUUACAACAAAAAGUGCAACAGUUCGCUUAUAAUUUUAAUGGAAAAAACAAAGAGACCGAUUAAAUUUACAGCAGGAAAAUUGUUGGAAUUGUCAUUGGACACGUUUGUUCUGAUAAUAAAACGAUCUUAUUCUUUGUUGGCUGUACUCCGAAAUUACAAUAAUUAAAUUAGUUAAAAAAAUAGAAUUUUCAUGGACAGUUUUUCUGAUUCGAUUAUUACACAAAUUAAUAGAUGUAGUAGAAGCUAUAUAGUAAAACAUGUAAAAAAUGCAGCAUUUCUCACAAUUGUGUCGAACAAUUUAAAUAUUCUCAGAAACCAAUAAAAGCACAGCAG